CUAAUAGAUCCUCACAUUUGUCAUCAUAUAUCUAAUGUACUCAUAAUAAUAUAAAGUAGAUGCUCCUGCAAAGAGGAUUAUUGCAAGAUGUUUCAACAAGAACUUUUUUUUAUUUACUACAGCGCUUGGAGAGACAAGAAAUUGUGUGUGACAUCACGGUGCCCAUGUCAGGUGUUGUAUUCCUGCUGCCUAAAAAUACCCUAAACAUUGAGCUUGAGAGAGCAGUUACCAUUCCAUGUCUGUAUUGACUCCAUAGUUCCUCUGUAGAAAGGUCUGGAGAAUACAGACACAGUUAAUGGCAGUUCUCUGAAGAUAGUUGAGGUCACCAUUCUGUUCUGUUAAGGAUUUGAAAGAGAAAUUUUCUGACUAUAACAGAAUGUCCUCCCGUGUGGUGAAGUCCAGAGGUCGAAAUCCGUACGCAGCGGUACAGGUGGACCCGGACAGCGACUACAUCACACCAGGAACUUUAGACUUGGAGCAGCUGUUCUGGUCUGGACCCACAGCUCAGUAUGCUCAUGUCAACCAGGUGUGGCCGAGAAUUUACAUUGGUGAUGAGAAAACAGCUUUGGAGAGACCUGCUCUGAAGGAUUUGGGAAUUACACAUGUCCUCAAUGCAGCAGAAGGGAAGUGGAAUAAUGUGCUGACUGGUGCAGAUUACUACGCUGGCAUGAACAUUCAGUACUUUGGUGUUGAAGCUGAUGACAAACCCACUUUCAACAUAUCCCAGUACUUCAGAGCAGCUGCAGAAUUCCUUCACGAGGCCCUCAUUCCCUCACAGAACAUGGUUCUGGUGCACUGUGUGAUGGGUCGGAGCCGGUCAGCAACUUUAGUGUUGGCAUAUUUGAUGAUAAAAGAACAUUUAACUGUUGUGGAUGCCAUUGAGCAUGUGCGACAGCGCCGCUGUAUCCUGCCCAAUCAUGGCUUCCUAAAACAGCUCAGGGCUCUGGACAUCGCUUUGCAGGAGGAGAAGCUGAGACUGAAAAGAAAAGACGAAUGAUCUCACAGCUCCCAGAUCUUACUAAAGACGUCAAAUUUUCAUUGGAUUUGCCCCCGUGUUUAAUCAUAAAUUCUGUUAUUAAUUAAAUUGUGUUUUUUUAAUGUUUUUCUUUUUUUCUUACUUUUGUAUAAUGUGUUUGAAUCCCAGAUUUAGAUUUAGGUAGGGAUUACCUCAUACCUUACCAUCUUCUUUGCUGUGGUGUGCUGGGGUACUGGCAUCAAAGGGUGCCAACAGACGCUUCUGCAACAGAAUUUCCCUGCUGGGAUAAAUAAAGCUGAUCUUAAAUCAUAAAUGUUUGAAAGUCCUUCCUAAAAGACAGAUUUUUAUCCUUAAAUGGCUAUAGGUAAUCUUCAGAUAUCUGACGUCACAUUUUAAAAACCUGGGAUCAGUACAAUGUAAUUGACCGAAGAUAUACAUUUAAGGAGAAACUUAUUUAUAAACUGAAUAAACUUUGUUAGUCUGUCCCAGCCAGAUCGCAUCAAAGUCAAUUUUAUGAAGGAUGUUUAAAA